AUGUGGAUCCUUCUUCUCUGCCUCUUGGUGCAGUGCCAUCUCCACCUGGCUGCCCCUCUUCCUCCCGGGUUGGAGGGCCAGUGGGAUGAAGCUCCAGAAGAGUCCAACCAAGAAUGGCCGGGCGCUGGGAAGCAGAAGGGCAGCAGGGAGGAACUCUUCCAAGACGUGGACCCCAAGGCCCUGGCCGCUGUCCUCCUGCAAGCACUGCAGAUUGCACCCCAGGACUCCAAGGAGUCACCCCUAAGCCCCGAGCCCGGUGCCAACGAGGAACGAGUCCAGAGUGAGGCCAGGAGCUCCGAUGUAGAGCCAGAGAGCAUGCCGGGUUGGCCACCCAAGAAGGACGGAGACCAACCGCCACAAGAGGAGUUGGCACAGGAAAGGAUGGUUGACCAGCCGGAGAUGGACAACCUGAAGUCCAUGCUGAAGGAGCUGCAACACUACAGCCCCACCAACAAGCGAGAGGAACCUUCCUACAGGUACCAAAUGCCCCCUACCGAACCUCCCCAAGGCCCCCACCCCGACGACGUGCUCAAGGAACUGGAAGAGUACCAGCAACUCAAGUUCAACAUUAAGCGCAAGGCGCCUCCCGCCCAGGAGUCCUGGGACGGAGCCCGGAAGCUGAGGCAGCAGCAGCAUCUGGAACACCAGCUCUUGCAGCGCCGCUACGAGGAGCUGGCCGAGAGCCGGAGGCAGGCGGAGGAGGCCCGCCGGGCUGCCGCCGAGGAAGAGCGCCUGGCAGACAUGGCCUCCGAUCUGCUCCUUCAGUACUUGCUGAAGGAUGGCGAAGAAGACGCCGACGCGGACCAGGGGCAGCGAGGGGCGGCUGCCCAGGAGGAGUCCGAAGGAGGAGCGGGCAAGGCGGCCUCCCUCCUCUUUGGAGACGGGGAGGACAAUGUGGCCGAAGACAAGCGGUCCAACGAGACCCCGGAGGAGGAGGAGGAAGAGGAGGAGGAGGAAGACAUCGACCCGAACACCAUUGACCGCCUGAUCGAGCUGUCCAGCAAGCUGCACCUGCCUGCCGAUGACGUCAUUGAUAUCAUUAACCACGUGGAGAAGAAGAAGGAGCCGGAGCCCAGCCCAGGGAGGGGCAAGCUGCCCGUGGCCCCGCCCCACAGCAAACCCUCCAAGAAGGCCCCCCCUCACCCCAGCGCUCGCCAAGAGGCCCGCCCCAUGCCCAGGGCCUUCCCACCGUACCGCCACCUGCCCCCCAAGCAGGAGGAGGCCGCCUGGAACGAAGUGUGGGACGGGAAGGCGUUCCCGCUGCCCAAGCGGUACCAGGCCAAGGACAGAAGCGCCAAGCUCUCCAACCACAUCGACCCCCGGACUUUCCAAACCCCCGUCUACCACCACUACCACCACCUGCCGGGCCCCCUGGGGCCACGGGAUGGCUACUACGACCUCCGAGCCCGCGACGAGGACCUGGAGAAUUACCUGGAGAACCUGCUGAUCAUGAAGCACCCCAAAGUUUUCUAG